AUGGCCUGCGACAAAUGCGCAAAACCUACGGGUGACUCCGACAGCAUUCUUUGUCAAGGCCUGUGCAGCCUGGUGUUUCACCUAAAGUGUGCGGGGCUGCUUUCGUCGCACCUUAAGUCGAAGGCAGACAACAAAAAUCUGCUCUGGGUCUGUGACGAAUGUUGCAGACUUCUUAAAAAUGCCGCUUUUCGUCGCUCUUUGGGCAGCUACGAAUCCAUUAUCGCGGACAUGCGGACGAAUCAGGCUUCCUUAGUCGCAGAAGUGAAGUCGGAAUUUGCGACGACCAACCUGAAGCUGGACAAAAUUUUGAACGUUCGUCCCAACAUCAACCCAUCUCCUCGCAUCCCUGCUCCAUGGCCUAGCCUAGCUACUCCCACCAACAAGAGGCGACGAGUCGAGAACCCAACUGUCGCUCCUUGUGUGGGUACUAAACAAGUGACCGUUAAAACUAUUGCGACAGUUGCUCCUCCUGAAAAAAAAUUUUGGAUUUAUCUCGCACGACUUCAUAACAGUGUUACGGCUAAAGACAUAGAAGAACUUGUUAUGGAAUGUCUACAAUGCGAGUCGACCGAAGUUCAUGCCCUAGUCCGCAAAGAUGUUGAUGUCUCCACGCUCAGGUCAAUUUCCUUCAAAGUCGGGGUGGAUCCUAAGCUGAAAGACAUUGCCCUUUCCCCGAAGACUUGGCCAUCGGGAAUUCUAUUCCGUGAAUUCGAGGAUUUUGGAUCAAAAAACCCUCCGACUCCUGCUGUCACUUCCCAGCCUGUGACGUCGUUCAUGGCGACCCGCAGUUCUACACCUCGUGUGGCCCCGCAUCAGUGA